AUGGUCAACCUUUGCAUGGAUAACUUCCCCAAGAGGCAAGCUCGUAAGCUUUACCUUGUUAUGUUCUAUUCCCCAGAUUGUGCACAUUGCCAGACGGUGGAGCCACACCUCCAGCACAUCGCACACGCUUUGCAGACUGAGCCGGACAUAGUGGUGGGAGCCAUUGACUGCACGAAUACAAGUAAUCACGGUGUCUGCAAACAGCACAACAUCACUGGAUACCCUAGCAUAUUUGCAAUCGGCUGGAGGCAUUUGGUGCAAUAUUCUGGCGGGGCUUCAGAAGCCCAAAUCCAGUCAUGGUUUGACAAGCUGCGCAACAAGCGGUCAACUCGCUCAAGUGGCGGCAGUGAGGCCUGUCCUACAGGCCUCUUUGCAAGGCAUAAAUCCGUUGUCCCUUUGUGCGUGGACCACUUUCCAGAUGAAGCUGCGAAACAUCCGUGGCUGGUGGUGCUCUACAAGCAGCGCAACGAUAUCCGGGAGCCAGUUGUGGCAGCUGCCAAAGACCUGGGCAGGCAAGGCCGGAAGAAACAAAAAGAGCGUCUCCUGAAUCUGGCGCGCCGCUACAACUUCGAUGUCGACGAAGCGCAUGACUUCCGCGAUCUGGGCAGCUCCGAUGCCUUCGUCAAACUGGGAGCUCUUUGUUGCGAUUGUAGGCAGGAGGAGCAGGCAUUCUGCAAAGACCUCCACGCGCGCUGGCGAUCCCGACGCUUGCCUCUGGCUCUUUGGAUGUCCAGGGAGCGGCAGGAUUUACUGGAAGAUCCGAUCACUGCCAGACACCUGGUUUGGUUUGCCUUGUCUCACUUGAAACUAGUUUCUGCCCGGCAGCACAGCAGAUCAGAGCUUUGA